AUGAGAUCGAGAAACGUCGUACUCCCACUUUUUCUGGCCUUCAGUCUACCUAUCUCAUCCCUUUACUUUUAUCUUGAUGCUGGUUCAGAAAGAUGUUUUCUGGAAGGAUUACCAAAAGACACUAUCGUCGUAGGUCACUACAAGGGUGAAGAAUGGUCACCUGAAUCCAAAGUUUAUCAUGUCAAUGACAAAUUAGGUGUUCAGAUCACAGUGACUGAAGUUCACAGUCAAGAACGAAUCGUCAAUACACGUGGUCUACCACAAGGAAAAUUUACAUUUACAUCACAUGAAGCAGGAGAUCAUUCGAUAUGUUUACGAACAAAUUACACAGGAGGAUGGUUUUCAACACCACAAGUUAAAAUGCAUUUAGAUAUAGCUAUAGGAGAAGCCAAGAUCCAACCCGAAUUUGAAAAAGAACAUGUUAAGGAUUUAGCAUCUAGAGUUAAAGAUUUAAAUUCAAGAUUACAUGAUAUUAGACGUGAACAACAAUUUCAACGUGAAAGAGAAAUCGAAUUUCGUGAUCUUUCUGAAACUGUCAAUCGUAGAGCUGUUUAUUGGAGUUUAUUACAAUUAGUAGUUUUGUUUUAUAUGUGUGUUUGGCAAUUAAGACAUUUGCGUGGUUUUUUCGAAAGCAAAAAACUCCGAUGA